CAGCGCUAGGGCAGGCGGCUGCUUCUGCGUCUACUCGGGUGGCGGGUCUCCCAGGCGGGCGGGGCCCCCUCCGAGAACAGGGUGCGGUCCAACACCCCGAACUCCCACCAUCAGACACAGGAGGACGACGCGGGCGAGAAGGAAAAACUUUUUCCAUCGUCCUGCGGGCUCCUGCAGCCGUCUUCCGAGGCCGAGGCACCUCCAUGAUAAUGAUGGCAUUCCAGAGGAUCCACUCAUUGCUUUUGCUCUUGGUGCUGACCCUGCUGGGGCUGGGGCUGGUGCAACCCUCCUACGGUCAGGAUUACAUGUUCCAACGAUUCCUGCGGCAACAUGUGGACCCUCGGGUAGUAGGUGGCAAUGACGGCUACUGCAACCUGAUGAUGCAAAGACGGAGGAUGACCCAGAAUCAUUGCAAACCCGUCAACACCUUCAUCCAUGAAGACAUCUGGAACAUUCGCAGUAUCUGCAGUACCACCACUAUCCAGUGCAAGAAUGGCAGGAUGAACUGCCAUGAGGGUGUAAUGAAGGUCACAGACUGCAGGGAGACAGGAAGCUCCAGGGCCCCCAACUGCAGAUAUAGGGCCACAUCUAGCAUUAGGCAUGUUGUCAUUGCCUGUGAGGCAAUGGUACCUGUGCACUUUGACAAAUAGAUGCCACCCCGAAUGGAUUAUGGCCCAGGAGUGGCUUUUAACUUACUCCUUAAUCAGCAAUGAGUAAUACAUUUGAGCUGUCUCAGGCUCUGUCUCCUCUGCUAUUGCUUGUCCUUUUUCUCUAGGAACCCAUUCUGUUAAACACCUCAAAGAGAAAUGGAAACAUAGACCUAUGAGUCUGGACUUUUCUAUAGUGAAGUUUCUUUUAGAAUACUGGUUAGCUUAGCUCUCUCCCAUCCUAUCUUCUGGAAUUUAGUCAUUAUAUGUAUUUAUAUAGCAAAUGCUUUGAAAUAAAGUGCUUUCAUCUAAGUCACUUCAUUUUAAUACCAGAGCAUCCCUGUGAUGCUAGUAUACAUAGGAGCCCAAAGUUAAGGGAUUUGCUGAAUAAAAUCAGUGGAAAUUUUGAGACAAAAACUGGCUACUCAUUAACUUCAUCACAAGGAGUGUUUUGAAAACAGCUGCCUUUUGUAAUUCCCGAAAGUCAGCAGUGAAGCAUUAAAAAUUUGGAAAUACAUACUGGCAAAAUGAUAGCAUAUAUAAUUUGGCAACCUUGUUAUGUUUGGGUAUAAUAAAAAUCAAGAAAUGAUACCAGAAAUUUUCUUUUUCUGUUCCUAAACUUUCGAAUCAUCCUAUUAAGUGAGAGUAUUAAAAAUGUAUUAGAUCACUAAGACUCAUUCACUCUUCCUGACUGAAAGAUUGUUUAUUUUCUUUGUAAUAAAGGACUUAAACUGCAGAUAUCUGAGAAGACUGUACUGUGGUUCUUGUUUGGGGGAUUAUUUCUUCUUUUUCCCUAUCUUUUAAUUAAUCUUUAGUUUCUAAACAUGCGUAUCCCUAAAUAAUCUCAUGAACUUUGGUCAAAGACUAAAACCAUUGUCAGAAGCGCGGAGGGCGAGAGAAUUCACCAGACUGUACCCAGUGCUUGUAUAAAUAAACAAAUAAAUAAAUAAAUCUUUUU